CUAUUUUGAAAAGCCUAGAAAACCUAACAAAGUUCCAACAACGCCAGCACAAAGAACAUAAUAUAGAACACAGGAAAGGUUCCAGCCAACAAAAUAAAGAACACAGAAAAAAAGUAAUAUAAAAAUGAUGAGAGACAAGUGUAAGACUUGCCUGUUUGGUUACUGAGAAAGUCUUUUCUAGAGAUAGAGAGAGAGAUAGAACAUCUGCAUUUUGCAGAGAGAUAAUCAUCAUUGUAAGAAUAGCUAGGCAGACAUAAACUGUUGAUGUAGAAAAACACAGCCCAUAAGCCAUCAAUCUCUGUGAUUUUUCCACUUUUUCUUCUUUUUCUUUUGUUUUUCUUUCUAAUUUUUUUUUUCUUUUUUUUUUUUUGCUUCUUUUUUGGGCUGUGGGCUUUCUUAUCUGUUCACUGGUUCCCUUGAUGCUUGACACCGAGAGCUCCCUUUCAAUCAUUUUUAAGGCACUUAUGGGAUAAAGAUUCAGAGGGCUCUCAGAUUACCCAGUUCUUGAGAAAUUGCUAGCUGGUCGGUUCAAUUUCAGUAAAAUGCAAUUCUUCCUGCGGAGUAAGUGAUUUCUCACCUUUGUACCUUUCAUGCUUGUGAGUUUACUUUGUAAUUAGACCCUUUUGAGGAGGAAGAGAGUUUUGGUUCCAAAACUUGGUACUGGGGAUUUACAGAAUUGUUUCAACUGUAAUUGCUUGAAAUUCUUGUGAAAUAUGGCUGAAAUUAGGCUUACUAGGGUAGAACAAGGCAAAACAAAGAUUAGAAAUGUCCCGAUUGCCGUGACGCCGGAAGGUUUCUGGUGUUGCCCUUCUCCUGUUGUGUUUCAGAAAACCCUUAAAGCUCAAAAUUCCAUGCACAAACCCAAGCCCUCAUCACCACCACCACCCAGGGAAGCAGCUCAGAGAAAACAAACCCCACUGAGUGAAAAAAAGCUAGCCUUUACCCCUUCGAGGUCAGCAAGUAUUUCUGAUGGUCUACGGGGUGUUGGUCCUGAGGCACCUGAUGCACCGGUGGUUAGUGCAUCUAUAGUUCCGGAGAGAGUGCCUAAGCCCAAAGUUGAAAAUUUGCCAAGGAAGGUAGCAAUUGAGUUUGGUGAGCCUGGAACUAGUGAUAUGAAGGUGGUUUUACUUGGAAAGAAGGGAUUUUGUGUAAAGUUGAGCGUUCACAAGAAUGUUCUAGUGGAGCAUAGCAACUUUUUUGCUGAUAAACUUUCUGAACAACAAUCUGGUUCAACUUGUCUUAACAUCGAAGAUUGCGAUGAUGUUGAAAUAUAUGUUGAAACUGUUGGAUUGAUGUAUUGCAAGGACAUGAGGCAACGGCUGAUGAAACAAAGUGUCUCGUGUGUACUCCGCAUUCUGAAGAUUGCAGAACUGCUUGGCUUCAACUCGUGCAUGCAGUCGUGUUUAGAGUACUUGGAAGCAGUCCCAUGGGUUGGGGAUGAAGAAGAAGAAAAAGUUGUCUCGUCAGUCUUACGACUCCAAAGUGAGGGUAUUGGGGUCACUCCUGUACUGAAACGAGUCUCAUCUGGCAUUUCUAAACCCCAAAAGGACACACUUUCCCAUAUAAUUGGACUUGUUCUCGCAAGCAAUGAGGAGAGAGGCAGGCGUGAAAUGAAAUCCAUAGUGCUGAAGCUUCUUAAGGAGAACAACAGUGCCUCAAGCUCUCAAGGUUCUUCUAACGUCUGCAAUGAAACACUAUAUAACUCCUGCAGAAGCUGUUUGAACUUGCUGCUGUCCCUGUUCAAGCAGGCUGCAGAGCCCGAGUCUUCUGAUAAAACUUCCAACAACAAAGAACCUGUGGUGAAGCAAAUAGAUUUGGCAGCUGAUAACGUCUCAUGGUUGCUUGAGAUUUUGGCUGACAAGCAGGCAGCAGACGAAUUUGCAGUAAUGUGGGCUAGCCAGCAAGAAUUAGCAGCCUUGCAUACGAAGCUGCCUAUUGUGUCUCGUUUCCAUGUUAGCCGUAUCACAGCAAGGCUGUUUGUUGGCAUUGGUAGAGGGGAGCUACUGCCAUCUAAGGAUACCCGUCAGCUGUUGCUACAAACCUGGCUACAGCCGUUGAUCAACGACUACAACUGGCUGCAACAUGGGUGCCGGUCGUUUGACCGUAAAAUUGUGGAAGAAGGAAUUGGUAGGACAAUCCUCACUCUGCCGCUAGAGGAGCAGCAAAGUAUUAUGCUUUCGUGGUUGGGAAGUUUUCUCAAGGCUGGUGAUAGCUGUCCGAAUCUCCAGAGGGCGUUUGAAGUGUGGUGGCGGAGAACUUUUGUUAGACCAUACGUGGAAAGACAAUGUAGUUCCGUCCAGUCAGAUAGCUCAUUGACCUCGUAGUAGACGUAAAGAUUACAGAAAUACCGUAACCAGUGAGAGUAAUAUUUGUAUGUAAAAUUAGUGGUGUGCUCCAUAGCAUGUGGAAGAACAGAAAAAGUCUUGGAAUAUUUCUCAUUUUCUGAAGGCUAACAUGACAGAUUUGUGUGUGAAGUCAAAAGAGUGAAGUACCGAGAACUUCGGAGAAAUUUCUGGAAGUGAAAUGCUUUAUGUGAUGUAAGAAACUGCUUUUGUAUCGAUGAUGUGAUGUGGGUUGAUUGUUUCA